AACAUCAGCUUGAGAAAGAGAGAAACCCUAAACCCUAAUUCUUCAGAGAAGAAUGUGGAAGAAAGGGGAGCUAGUUUGGGUGAGAUUAAACCCUUCGGAUUCUUCAUGGAUUCCGGGUCGGAUCAUUGAUCCAUCCGAACCGUUUGGAAUCCUCGUUUCGUUCUUCGACCUAAUGGAACCAAGCUACGUUCCUAAACUUUGUCUCCGAAGCUUCGAGCGCGAUUUCGAAACGUUGAUUGCAGAUUCGUGGAGGUACCGCCACUUCGUGAACAGAGCUCUGCAAACGCACUUCUCCAAUAUCUCCUUUGGGCUAUGGUGUUCUUGCCAACGGCCCUGGAUCGAUUCGCCCUACUUGGACAGAGAAAUAUCUCUCCCUGGGUCUCGUCUUAGUUCAGAUUCGGCUCUGGGAUUUGUUCGAGAGAUGGCCGUUUCGCGACGAGUGUCUCUUCGGAGAUUAGUUGAGACCAACAGUUCCACCGCUCAGAUCCUUAGCUUUAGGCGUUACACUGUUGAUUUCAAUCUCUCCGAAUCUGUCUAUGAACAAGUUAGAGAAAGUGCUAAGCUAAUGGAUCGUGUAGAGGAACCAAAUUGGUGUCUUGACCCCUCUAACAAGAUGGACUGCACUGGCGACAUAGUUCCUCCUAUGUUUCCUGGGACAGAACACGACAGUAAUGAUUUAAGUCUAAAAGAUCCAUUGCCCAAGGAUAUCCCUUGUUGUUCUGUUGAGCAGCCUGUUGAUAAAUUAGUUCAGAGUUGCACUUGGAAUACGAGGAGGCCUCUAGUCAACUCUGAUUCUAGCGUUAUGAAAGCUUGUGCAGCCAUGGCUCGAACAUCUAAUCAUGAGGAUGCAGCUCACCUUCUGAAGAGCAGAGAAUACUGUGAAGUUGAGCAGAGUAUAUGCUUACAGGAUUCAGAAUCUCCUAUUGAGGAUACAAUAGAGGAAGAUACCACUCCUGUUACGGCCCCAAUAGAAAUACCUCCUGAUGUUAUGAUUGAAACGCAUGAUGUCAUCAUGCGUUCACACGAUAGAACUGUGACAUCAGCGGCAAAACAGUUGUCACCCUUGCUUGAUGCGAGUAACGACAAGGCUUUUCUCGCAAAGCCUGUUUCUUUUGUUGUUCUGGAAGCCUCAAAAAAUCUAGCAUGUUCAGUGGAGGAUACAGCUGUUAACCCAAGAAGCAAGCUUGAUAGCUCUUUUAUCAGUGCCAACACCCUGGAUGUGGAUCUGUCAGAUAGGAAUAAUUGCAAUGGAACACGUGAGAACUUCCCUGACGAUGCAUCAGAGUCCCAUUUUGUGGACGUAGGACAGGUUUCUAUACAUACUACCGGCUCUUCAAACAAAGAGUUCGGUUCUGAUGAUGUUGGCAUUGCACCUGCAGAGCAAUUACUAGACUUGGAAGUUGCAACAACUCUCAAGGACAAGAUCAGCGCAGUUGAACCCAUUGGGGUCAAAAGGAAAAAGAGUCGAGACAAAGCAGCUGCCAAGAGAAGGAAGAAAGCAAACCAACAAUCUAUUUCUGUUGAUAAACCCCAGAAUCUACAGGUGUUGAAAGCUAAGCUUCUUGCUGAUCCAAAAUGCUUGCGAAUGAAGUUCUUGAGUAGUUCACAUGUGAAUCUCCCAUCCAAAUCAGAACUGUUGAAGAGAUUCAGCGUGUUUGGGAAAAUAGAUGCCUCAAGAACUGAUGUAAACCCAGGUCAAAGCUCUGCGAAAGUAGUAUUUCUACGGAGCAUAGACGCAGUGACAGCUUAUCAAUUCGCAAGGAGCAAAAAGUUUAAGCUAGGACGGUCUAAGGUAGUGUAUCGGCUCCAUGCCUUUGAGGAAGACAUUGAAGUAAACAAAGCUCCUUUGUCUCAGAAGCCUAUACAGUCUGUUCCAUCACCAAGAUCAUGUCUCAAGAUACAUGGUUCGGUAGAUAAAGAAGAGGGAAGAAGUCAUCUCAAGGUGAAAUUCCAAAUGGCGACGAACUCAUAAGACCACCAUUUCACCGGUUGUGUGGAUAUUUUGUCCCCUUGUAAUAGGAGCCAAGUCCUAUAAAUAACAUAGAACUUGCAAGUGUUUUUACCCUAAAGAUUGUAUGAUCUGGCUUGUUAGUACAUGCUAGAAACGGCAUAGUUUACACAUGAAUAUAUAAAAUAGCU